AGAAAACGGAGGCAUCUCGACACCAACCGUCCCGCGCGAGGGAGAACCGCGGUCGAGUCCGGAGUAGCUAAGCCUCCCUAACUUUUCUGCGGAUCGUAGCGAACAGUCAGGCACAUCCAAAUCGCUACAUAUCAAGGUCUAAUUCGUACGAAUGUCGACGGGAAGCCUCCCCAAAAUGUGCGCCUGGACUUUCGACGCAUCAACAAUGUCUCCGAACUUACCGGUGUUGUGUGUGCGGACCCGGUUAUGUUUCGUGUUUAUGUUUUCUCUGGAGAAACGGGCGUCUCGCUCGAGCGAGACUUUUGCCUCCCUGAAAAGGUACGUCUCAUCCAACCACUUCAGCUAUUCUUUGGAAGACAAGCCGCUGGCGGCGUCGACCGGAGACAAGGCGCCCUGCAAGUAGCAGUGACCUUGUUUAGUGCAUUGCAUUCAAGAACAUCUGGGUACAUGGCACGCUUCGUGAGCAUGGCGUUACGAGAAAUCUCCUUUUGGGUUUGUUGACCAGACAGAGGUAAAGAUGAGUGGAGAUGUGCCCAGCAAAAUAAGACUUAACAUUGCAACAGCUUCACCAAGCAUGACACAAGCCCAGUUCCAUGCCGUGACACCCAACAGCACUUCCUCAUUCUCAAAAGUGUCCGCGCCGGUGGUGUCCGUCCCAAGGGAUCUCCCCGAACCUGCUGCACAACCCUCGUUGGACGCAAGAACCGAUAUACACCGCCGGUUUCCUCUGUUCACGGGCUCCCUCCUUCGCCGUCGACUGAGUGCUUCGGCUGGCAUGCACCCAGCGACUGGCAUUGCCCCCGUAAAAACCGUAAAGACUGGUGGCGCUCCUCAUAGCCUAAGCCAUAACAGCGAUGGAAAUGCACUUCCAAUACAGCUGGGCCCUGGCUCCGAAGUGAGAGUACUGAAAACUUCGGGUGGAACUGUGACCGUACGUUCACUCGAAGCUCCACCCAAACAGCGGACGGCACCUUUAGCUUUUAAGGCCAUGGAGGGAGGUAGAGAUACAGCUGCAAAUACGUACAAGGUUACAUCUAGCGGGACAUUUGUACCAUACAAUCUGCAGUCAAAGGGUAAAGAAGGAAGUGCAGCGCCGCCAGUAAGUUCUGCAGUGCAGCUGAAUAGACCAUCGGUGUCGCCGGUCGUAACCGCCAUCUCUGCUAGCCCAAAUGUCUUGCCAAGUGCCGGCACUAAACCGGAAACUCGAAGUAUCCACAUCACCAAGCUUAGGCUUCCGGACAAUGCCGUCGUAGCUGCGAGUGAAGCGCAUGCUAACAAAAAAAAUUUGGCCGUUGUUCUUCCCCAAGUUAGGCCCAGGCCACUGCCGAGACCAAUACUACCCAAAGAGGUUGUUAAAGACUGCUCUAUUUUAAAGGCCGCCAUUCAGGGUUCGACCAUCUCCCUCGAACAGUCGAGACUGUCUGGUGGCGUCGGCACUGACACAGUCACACCCGCCAAUAAGGUGGUGCCACAACCGGACGCCAGGAUCCUGGGACCUUCAAAGACAACUGCACCAAAGCCCGUCGCCGAAAACACGGAAGGGGAGUCUGCUAAAAAUUCAAGGGUAAUACUCAUAGAUUUAACGGAGAGCCCGACCGAUGCCAAUCGUGAUUCGGGUGUGACGGAGCAGUCUUCGAUGAAGCAGUGUACGACGAAGCAGUUCGUGGCGAAGCAGUCUGUGACAAAGCAAUCCGUUACAAAGCAGCCUGUGACGAAGCAGUCUAGUUUUAGAGACAGUGACGUGGAGGGAAUUUCUCCGGUUGUGACAGAAGUUCUACCAUGGGACGUCGGCUGUCUUCAGGUGCCCUCAGGCCUCAAGGUGGACUUCAUAAACCUGGAUGAUUUGCUAAUUAAAGAUCUCAACUAUUUGGUCAAGUACUUUGGUGAAAGCAUCCUCGAACCACUCUCUAUGGAGGACAUAGCGAAUAAGGGCCUCUCCGAGUGGAUAGACAUUUCAAAUGAGUCUGAAGUAAAGAGAACAUUUCUCGAGUUGGAAGCUCUAAAUGGAAGUAGUACCACCCAGCACUCUUGGACUCCCCAGCUCGUGCGUGAAGGCUCGGAUGUGGCCUAUCCCAUUGUUGUGCCCGACUUUGAAGACAUGGGGACCAGUGAUCUUGCCGUUUGCCAAGAGUCGAGCACCCCAGCCGAGUCCAAGGUUGUCAAUGCCAGCUGCAUAGCCAGGGGACUCAAGGACCCUCCUGCAAAGAGCCCCCUCAUCCUAAUCAUCAAGAAGGGUGCCAGCAGCAGUGGCUCGAGCCCAGCCUGGCAGCUGUCCGCGUACAGAAAGGCCACCGGGAAGGAAUCCGGAGACUCGAAGGCCUCCUUCUUGACUGGGCUUGACCUGCUCCCGAGCUCUGGGGAACAGCUGAAGAAGAUGCGCAAGGGCAAGUCGGCCCGGUCCUUGGCAGUGCUCAAGGAUAAGGUGAUGACCGAAUACCUGAAGAACCAUCAUGUACCGCUGCACAGGGUCCAGGCGAUGUACCGCUACCUUUUCAAAAAAGGGCAUUUGAAAGAAGGCAAGCUCACCUAUGCAUGUGAGGUCUACAGAAACCUUCGAAGCAGAGAAAGCCGGCAAAGGCCCGUGACCAUGUCACUCUAUGAGGCUGAUGAUUUCUCAAGGAAGGGAUCUAGUUCUGGACUGCUGUGGCACCUGAAACCGAAGAAGACUUGCUCAAAAUAUGAAUAUGAUGAGGACUACAUGCCGAGGAAGACCCAGUCCGGUGCAUCCAAGUUGCGGCGCAGCCUGUGGGGACGUCCGAGGGUGCACUGGCGGACCGCCGCCGCUCGGAACAGCGCCCUGCAGCAGCGCAGCAGCGACACCUGCGACGCCCCGCCCUACAAGCUGGAGCAGGGCAACUGGACACCCAAGUGCACAGACAAGACCAAGGACUGGAGCAUCUGGGUGUCCGUGAACAGCCGGGAGAGUAAAAUGGCACACCCGAUCCCGAUGGUGCUUCUCAGGAGGGUGGACGAAGCUGCCAGGCCUCUCCCGCAGCGGCCAACACCGGUUACCGAGCUCUACUGUGAGCAGUGCUCCUACAGCUGCCUCAACAAGGCUUCCCUGAACAAGCACUUCUCUGACGAGCAUGAGGGACUGCCGGUCUCGUUCGAGGAGGUGGUCAUAAGCUGCCGCCCGAACAGGACAGGGCUUCUUGGAAAUCGAUGUGGAGAUACGUGACUGCUCAAGAAUGUUAGGUAUACGGUGUCAAUGUAUGAAAAUGCUACACUUUAUAUUUAGGAACUUCAGUGGAAUGAAAGCAACAUCAUGUGUUCUGUUACACUGCCUGUAUAAUUUAUGACUUGAAAGGAGAUGUAAUUGUGUUUCUAAAACUGUGUUGCUUUAGACAGCUCGCUUUCACUUGCAGCAAACUUUACUCAGGUUGGUUACUUGGUGUAACACACGGUUUUUAAAGCUCUUUUUUUUUUCUCAGCAUGAUGCCUGUUUGUUAUUGAGUUCUUGUUACUUUGUUGUAUGUUGCUUUUACAUUAUACAUAAGACAUUUGCCGUUUGUGCUCAUCGGGCUGAAUACAAGUUUCAUCAUUUACUGUAUAAGCUAGUAUGUGCACUUGAUGUAAUAUUUUUUAGUUGCUUCCCUUUUAUGUUGAUGUGAUUUUUUGUUCAGUAUUGGAUGGCACUAUUUAUUUUUGGGGUGCUCAAUCCUCUUUGGAAAGCACAUUGACUACUUUGUUAAAGUGGACUGCAUUUGAAUACGAAGGUUAGUCCUAGUUGCGGUAUCUAAAUUUCAGCCAGGUAACUCUAUUGAAAAUCAUCAACUCCUUUGCAGACCUUUUAUAGCAGGCUGAAGCUUGUUUCACUUUGAGGCCUGUGUUGGUACAAUUCCUUCUCAGGAUGAGUACAAUUACUGUAAAUAAAGCAUUUCCCUGACCUUCAUUUCUUUUUCAGUUGCAUGCAGUGUAGCACAAAGGGCUUGGAACUUUGUCAUGUCCUUUAAAGUGCUAAUUCUUAGCAUUCAGGCCUCUCAUUUCACACUUGUUAGUACUGGCUGUACAAUAAAAGCUAACAAAAAUUCAAAUUUCACAAAGAUGCUAAAAUAGGUGGAAUUAAAUGAAGUUCAAACUAGUAAAAAUCAAAGAAAACUGGCCGUAUUCAGUGCCGGUAAAUCCAGGAAUGCUCAGAACUGCCAAGUUUUAUAUGCCAAAAAGACCUGCUUAUUUCCUUUGAAAGUAAGGGUCAUCAGGUUCUGUGCAUGGAUGCAGUGGAAGGCAAGGCAGGCGACAUGGAGUUUCUUCGUAAUCUGUAACAAGGACGUCUGCACCUGGGCGAUACCGGUGUUUUUUCCCUCUUCCUGGCGGAAACGGUUUGCUGCGACUCGAUUCAUCCUGAGAGCCUUUCAGUUGACAGGGUAGUGAAGACGACAAUCAAGAGCAUUGUCUGUGCUCACAGCUUUAAAACAUGCUUUUCUAGCUUGAAUGCUCGUUCUGCAAAAGCACAUUUAAAAGCAACCAGUGUCGACUUCAUGUUUGAUAACUACAUCGCGGAACGGCACUGUAGCACAGCACGUAGCGGAAGAGAGAAAAGAAUGGUCAAAGCUAAACUGAAUGAGUGCAAAAAGGUGCAGCGGCACAGUGUACAGCCCCUACAGAAUUCUAAGUGAUGGAGGGAUGGAUAGGUACGGCAGAAUGGGAGUCGGGUGGCGGCUGGUGUUAUGCAGUUAUGGGUAGCAAGGCCAGCACGGUCACUUAUGGCAGUGCGCAGUUCUAAUGACCAGUGAAGAAGCCGAUUUGUGAUAGAAUUAAUGGUGUUUUCAUGCAGAGAUGGAGAGUUAUAUGCUGUGUGGCAGGACCAUGGCAGUUAGGGUGAAUUACGCCAAAAUUUCAAUGAAUGAGGUGCGAAUUAACGAGUUUUCACUGUAGUUUUGCUGUAUAUCCUUUUAUGUUGUAUCCUUGUCGCUGCAGGUAAGCAGCUAGAACGAGGUACCAUGUGUGGAGCUGCAUUUCCAAUAAAAAAUUUAGUGAAGUCGAUGCUUCACUGUCAGUUCAGAACAAGAAUUCAGUACCAAGAUUGUCAGAGAGAAGUUAAUUAUGCUUGAUCAUUCCCCGAGUGAUGAUAAACUUGCAGCCUAGAUCCCUGUUUGUGGUGAUUGAGACACACUUGGUUCCAAGAUGACAAGCCUGAAACCCUUGUCUUGGUUUAGGUUCCAGGCCUAAGCUAACGGAUUGGUAGCAACUAUUUUAUCGACUGCCGUCAAAAAACUGUAUUGCUUUCAUGUCUGUGAUAUCAUUUCUGUAGACGUGAAAAUUUUUAUGAACUCUUUCCUACAUCCGAUGUCACAAUGGCUAUAGUUGGUGACAAGUCAAGAAGGUAGGAGAAGCUCCUCUCACAAGCAUGAUGCCUCCGUUUCAAAUCUCUCCGCAGUCGAAAAAAGAGUUCACUGGAAACGCUUCUUGUUCCGCUUCAAUGGAUUCCAACUUGUCUCCGAUCCCACUCUUUAAGAAAGCAACCUUUGUAUUCAUUGGAGGUGGAACCGAGCCCUUGAAAGCAGCCUUUGUAUCCAUCGGAGGGGGAAGCUAAUCCCCGAAAGUCGUAUUUGUUUCUAUCGGAGGGGGAAAACUCUAAUCUCCCUCUCGUGGCUUCCACAAUGCUUAGUCAAAGUCGAAAGAUAAAGCAAAUAUGUACAAAAAGGCAAGACCCUCCUCGCACCUUGGCUGCGAUGUUGCGGAGACGAUGGGACGCUAUUGGAUACGGAGGUGGCGGAGGGAUAUAUGAUUCCCUUUGAGGGGCAUUUGCCGCUACCUUCUUAAUCUGUAACCGACUGUAGUAUCAUGCUAGUUUGAGAGCCCCCGUUAUAAUAGCUAUAUAUAUAUAUUUUAUUUUGUCGCUCAUAAUUUGAUAGAGGCACAACAGGCACAAUCAGAGAUGGCAGUCAAAGAAUGGUUGCCUUGCAGUCUGCAUUACGUUCAACGAGAUCCACACACUUUUUAACUGCAGGUAAAAUUUUUAUGACUCGAGAUGAAUAGCUCUAAAGGAGUUCUGAAUCAUUAGCAUAACUAGCAAUUGCUUGGUGCUGCUAUCAUUUUUAUCGUUCACAAGCAGCGAGGCUAAAUAUCUUGUGUCUUUUUUGUUCCAACCAGUCAAGAAACUUCAAGGAAGUGAUAUGUUUGCAUUCAGAAGGAACGCCUUAUUUGACAUCUCAGUCGUUCAUUGGCCCUACCCACUGAUCAGGCACAAUUAAAAAACAACAUCCAAAUAAAAUGACAACGCUGUCAAAGAAAGGGAGGCUGGAUGCCAAGCAAAGAAGCUCUCGCUCGAAAGUGGAGACAGAAAAACUAUUCCAAAGUUCAUGUUACGUUGCGCAUAGCGCUUACAUUUGUUAUGUGCAAGCAAGAUAAAGUAAUAUUCAAACUUAUUCUUGUUAACCUAUUCUUAAAAAUUUGAAUGAGCACACCUGCUGAGAAUACGUUGCCUGUCCCCACUAAGAUCACGCCAUCUUUUCUGGGGAUCCCGCUCAUCAAUUUCUGUUGUCAUGUCUGAAAGCUGUUCUAGGAGGGGAUCGCCCACCUGUAGAGCCCACAGAUGCACGGAGACAUCUCCAGUGCCAAAUAGAAACAAAGCUUGUUGGCCCCUUAGGCAGGCCUUAUAGCCUGGCAACACCUCAACACCAUCAGGAAAAUACAAAAAAAAAUCAAUUAUCUAGCCAUUUUCAUGGGGAAUGUCAAAAUAAUUGGCCAACUUUGGAUGACAAACAUCAAAAUCGCAAAAUAGAUAAUUUUAUGGGAAGCGUCUAAAUAAUUAAAGAACUACCUUCACGUCUUAAAUGAAGGUGAUGUUACGAGCAUGAAAAUUAUUUUCACAACAUCUGUAAGCACUGCCAGACACAUUAAUGCACUUUCCAUAUUUUGACUAUAGUAAAUGCAAAUUUAAACAUAAAACGUUGCCUUGAAAUGUUGUCUAUUUGAGGAAUUUUUGGCCUGCACAUUGAAACAUUCUUUAUGGGUCACCUCCAAGUUCAAAGCCCUUACAGCUGCAUCCUGUCCAAGUUCUGUCGAUACCAUGUUUUUGUGUAAUAAAACCUUUGUGUCUACCUUUGUUGCUUGAGCAAUAAAAUCCUGAAUUUGAUCACUAGCA